CUCUCCUCUUCUCUUAUUUUGCCCUCAACAACAAAAUAACGUCGGAACUCGCUUCACAACCUUAUUUUCCUCUUAUAAACAACAAUAUUAACACACCCGAACAUUUUUUCUUACCAACAGUCAUCACGACGAGCGGAUCUUCAUCAUCAUCUGGAGAGGGUGGAGGAGGAGGAGGUAAUAAUGCUGGUAGCAACAAUCAAAAUAAUGGACAACAAAACAAAACAAGUAAUUCAAACAAUUCAAAACAAAAACAACAAAAUAAAGAAGAAAAUAAGGAUGUUUUAGAUAACGAUGUUUUGAAAUUAGCAUUAGUAUCAAAUGAGAAAGAUGAAUUAAUGUUAACAAUGACAGAUAAAACAACAACAACAAAAUUAGAUGAAGAAGAAGAUGAGAAAAACAAAAGUAAAAACAUUAAAAAGAAAAGUUUUGAAGAAACAGAAAAUGGAAAGAUACAACAACAACAAAAACAAACUAAAGAAACAACAAAAAUGCCUUCUUCCUCAACAACAAAUACACCAAAAACAUCAACGGCUAUUUCACCCUCACAACAAAUAAAUACAACAAAUAUUCAACAUAAAAAUAGUGGACAACAAAAUAGACAACAAAUAAAAAUUGAUGAGAAGGCUGUUGUUCGUGGGGUGCCAGCAACGGGGGGAUAUACAAUGGAUGCUUUCAAGUAG